AUGGCCGACGGCGAGAAUCCGAUUCAGAUGCACUCGAAUCGCGUCCUUCAAUUCAUCGAGACGACGUGGAUCGGCAAAUGCCGAAAGCGUUGGCUGCUCGCCGUUCUCGCCAACAUCGGCUUCAUGAUCUCGUUCGGGAUUCGGUGCAAUUUCGGCGCCGCCAAAACGCACAUGUUUCGCAAUUAUUCGGACCCAUGGGGCAAAAUGCAUGUUCACGAAUUCAAUUGGACCGUCGAAGAGGUCAGCGUUAUGGAGAGCUCCUACUUCUACGGCUAUCUGGUGACGCAAGUGCCCGCCGGAUUUCUCGCCGCCAAAUUUCCGCCCAACAAAUUAUUUGGCUUCGGAAUUGGCGUCGGCGCAUUUCUGAACAUCCUCCUUCCAUACGGCUUCCGGACGAAAAGCGACGUGCUGGUGGCGGCAAUUCAAAUUUGUCAGGGCCUCGUGCAGGGCGUCUGCUAUCCGGCGAUGCACGGAGUCUGGCGAUAUUGGGCUCCGCCAAUGGAGCGCUCGAAGCUCGCCACCACCGCGUUCACUGGCUCCUACGCCGGCGCCGUUCUCGGCCUUCCACUCUCCGCGUUCCUUGUCUCCUAUGUCACUUGGGCGGCGCCGUUUUAUCUCUACGGUGUCUGCGGUGUAAUCUGGGCCGUCGUUUGGUUUUGUGUUACGUUUGAGAAGCCCGCAUUCCAUCCGACAAUUUCGCAAGAGGAGAAGAUAUUCAUUGAAGACGCCAUCGGGCAUGUCUCGCAAACGCAUCCGACGAUCCGCUCGAUUCCGUGGCGCGCCAUCGUCACCUCGAAGCCGGUGUGGGCGAUCAUCGUCGCCAACUUCGCGAGAUCAUGGACCUUCUACCUGCUUCUUCAAAACCAGCUCACUUACAUGAAAGAGGCGCUGGGAAUGAAGAUUGCCGAUUCGGGACUACUCGCCGCGGUGCCGCACGCCGUCAUGGGACUCGUUGUGUUGUUCGGCGGCCAACUCGCCGACUAUCUACGCUCCAACAAGAUACUCUCAACGACGGCGGUUCGAAAAAUUUUCAAUUGCGGCGGAUUCGGCGGCGAGGCCGCUUUCAUGCUGAUCGUCGCUUACACAACCAGCGACACCACCGCGAUUCUCGCGUUGAUCGCCGCCGUCGGAAUGUCGGGUUUCGCCAUAUCAGGUUUCAACGUCAACCAUCUCGACAUUGCUCCCCGCUAUGCGGCAAUUCUGAUGGGCUUCUCGAACGGCAUCGGAACGCUCGCCGGUCUCACGUGUCCGUUCGUCACCGAAGCGUUCACGGCGAACUCGAAAAGCGGAUGGACUAGCGUGUUCCUUCUCGCCAGCCUCAUCCACUUCACCGGCAUCACCUUCUACGCCGUUUACGCGUCCGGCGAACUUCAGGAUUGGGCCGAGCCCAACGACGAUGAGGAAGCGUGGGCGAACAACAAGCUAGUCAACAAGACGGGCAUCAACGGAAGCGGCUACGGCGCCGCCGAGACGACGUUCACACUGCCGGCCGGCACCGAACAGGCGUCGUAUCAAGCGGCGCCGAUUCCGCCGCCGACGACGAAUCCGUUCGCCGGCGCGUGGGACGACAAUCCCGCCACCACCACCACGGUCCUUCAGAAUCCGCACUAUCAGCAACCGCAGUGGUAA